AUGCUUUCGUCAGAAACUUUCACCAAUACGGAUAAAACACCGCAUUUAUCGACGUCGCCCUCUACGGCUCUAUUCAGUGAAAAUGUGUUGGAAAAUUUUAGUUUACAACCGAACUUUCUCCGACGGCACCAAACGCUUCAAGAGCAACACUACCGUAACAAACGAAAGCGCAAAGAAUCAUCGCUUUCAUCCUGUUCUUCGUCAUCGUCGUUGUUGUCCUUGGUGUCGAACUCGGAACGAAGACAAACGAGUGUGGUUUCGGGCGGAGUGGUGGGUGGUGAGGGGGAAAAUCCUUUCGUUGUGGGUGGUCGUGACGGCACACGGAAAGAACAGUGUACGCAGCAUAAAAGUGAAAAGUCGUUGAGCUCGUCGUUCAGAACAGCUGAUUUGAAUGAAUGUUCGCCGUUUGCUAGCCGAGGGACACGGGACAGCAGCGGCAACAACAGGUCGGUGAGACAGCCGGAAGUGCCGGAUAGCGGAGGUGGUGGUGAUGACGAGCUUGAUUCGCCACGGCGGAAACGACCGAAAUACGACUACACACGUGAUCAGAUGUUCGAAAUUUUUCAACCGUGGGUGAUUCGAACAUAUGGCGAUCGAGCGAAAACGAAAACCAUUACCCUGAAGAAGCAAGCCAGGAUUAUCAAAGCCCUCAAGGGCCAGGAAAUGAAUAACCCGGAUAGUUCCAAGUUCAGAUUCUGGGUGAAGACCAAAGGUUUCACAACAUCAAAGCCGGAUGGAUUUCAAGACAUUUUCGCCUUUCAUAAUCAGGAAGAAAACGACGGUUGCCUUUUAUUUGCUCCGAAUACGGCGGAAACCGACUCUCAGCCAUUCAAAAAGGUGGCAGUAGUUGAAAACUUUUUCAACAUCAUCUACGGCGUUCAUGUUUCUUUGGGCAGUCGUUCAAGCCGACACGCUGGACAAAAGCGAACAUACAGAACGAUUACCGAAACCUACGCCUUCCUUCCGAGGGAAGCUGUGACAAAGUUCCUGUCGCUUUGUGGUCAAUGUUCGAAAUCAUUGAGACCCCCAUCGCCAAUCAAAUAUGAGCGGUCCGACAGUAGUCCGCGAACAACGAAGACUGAUGAAUCUUUCGAUAGGGAAACCAAAGAAUUUUCACAAUCCAAAAGAGUUCCCACUCCGCAAUCCUUGUUACCGAAUAGUUUUAGCGAUGCUAGGUCAAGUUUCGAUAGAUUAAAUAGCGAUGAAGUUUAUUCGAAGUUGAUAGACUACUACAAAGUGCAAAACGAGGAACGGGACGGUACGAUGUACUAUCAGUUGCUCAGAACAUUUUACGAUAAUGCAGCGAAGAAGAACGAAGUUGAUGUUGCAGUGGAGGAGCCGGCUAGGGAAGCUGAAAAUCAGGAAGAACCGGUGGUGGAUUUGACCGGAACUCCGGAGUCUGAUAAGACGUUCGAAGUCAAUUUCCGAAAUGUGACUAAAAGUGCUUUGAAUGAAAAUGGUGCCUUAGCUGAUAAUGGGAAGGAGCUCGAUGAGAAGAUUGCGGUUGGCAAUGGAGAUAGGGAACGUUUAGCUAAUGAAGACGAUCAACCGGGGAAAGAUUUGUUAACGUGUGAGGCUAGUGAUGCAAGUGGGGAAAGAUUUGAUGAUGACUCCGAAGAUAGUGACAGUGAUAGUGAUAUUGAUCGAGAUGAUUCCAGACCAAUAACAUCCACGUAUUUGGAUCUGACCAGGAGCAUGGGGGUGACGGAUGACGACGCGUUGAAUAUGGAUUCCCUAUCCAUGCCGUUCAACAGCGAAACCACGGACAACAAUGGUACGACUGGUGCUGCAGCUGGCGAAGAUGCAUAUGCAGGAUUAAUCAAAGAUGCAGACAAAUUCAAGCUGAUGCUCCUGGCGUGGAACUACCAGAAUUCGGCGGCAGGUAAAUCUCAAAACGGUACUGAAGGACCCGACCUUGCGACCAUGACCAAUCUCUGGCAGCAGUAUCAGAACGCCUUGGCAAUGAAUGCAAAGACAUCCUUCAACCAGUUACCAAUCCCCGAGCGACAACAGCCUUCGCCAAUUGAGCAACAGGACGAAACAAACUCAUCGGAGCAGAAAGAUGACGACGAUCUGUCGGAGGACGAUUCAGAGGAUCGAAUUGAAGCCACCGUAAAUGAUCCGGAGCGAUUGAAGGCGUUCAAUAUGUUCGUUCGGCUGUUUGUCGAUGAAAACUUGGAUCGCAUCAUUCCGAUUUCCAAGCAACCAAAGGAAAAGAUUCAAGCCAUAAUUGACUCCUGCACUCGUCAGUUUCCGGAGUUUGCCGAGCGGGCUCGCAAACGUAUACGAACUUAUCUGAAGUCCUGCCGGAGAAACAAGAAAACCCGUGAGGGUUGGGAGAACACUGUAAGUGAGUCCCGUCCUACACCGGCCCAUUUGACCUCCGUGCAAGCUGAACAGAUUCUGGCACUGGCCUGUGAAAACGAGAGUCUCAAUGCCAAACGAAUGCGGAUAGGCUUGGAACCCAUCAGUCAGUCAGUGAAUCAAACAACGGCGACAUCUGAACCGCCGAAUGUACCGAGCCUUUAUCAAACAUUGAAGUGUGAAACGGAAGCAGUACCUGCAGUCAAAACGGAACCCAUGACCAGCGUUCCAAAGAUGUCUCCCAUACAAAACACCACUCCGGAUAUGAAUCAAAUGAAACUAAACAUCCCAAGUGCCAGCGCGAGCUCCACACCCACCAUUCCUACAACCGUACCAACAAUAUCCAACUUCCACGACUACAACACCGGUUUCACAAACCGUUCACAACACUAUCAGAACUUCAUGAACUCAGCCACCAACUCCACGAGCACGAGUACAACUAUGUCCGCUACUGGUACUGCUCCCACCGAUCUUUCGAUGAAACGGCCCAUUCUGGCACACAAGCUCAACAGCGCCGAAAUAACCGCUGUCAAACAGCUGGUGACCGGCUAUCGGGAGAGUGCGGCAUUCUUGAUGCGAAGUGCGGACGAAUUGGAAAACCUCCUUCUGCAGCAGCAGUAAGCCUGCGUGUACACUUUGUAGCGGUUGAAGUUAUCUAUUUUAUUUCACGACAAGUGAGAAACCCACAACUAGACAGGAUGUUACGUUGUAUAAAACAAUACCAAAAAACUACCUGUGCGGUAAGAGUUUAGAUAAAAAAGAGACAAAGGAACGCAACCAGUAAGUGUCGCAAUUAUGUUUAAGUUCUGUAAAAAGUGUUAAAUAGAAACGUUAGAAAUUAAAAUUUUCGAAAACUUGCGGAAAACAUACAAAACACAGGGUGAUAUAGAACUACAAAGAAGUUAUAUUUAUUUUUGAAUCGAACUACAGAGAAUACGAGUACUAUUAGAUGCUGAAGGAGACAUGAUUUCAUUGGCUGAGAAGCAAUUGUAAAUGAAGCGUACUACUAUGUAAACUUUGUAAUGUGCUGCUAAUUGCAAUUUGCCAGUUUACCACGACUUACCGAUUGUAACAUCUAUUUAGAAAUGCAACCAGAUCAAUCUUUGAAUAUUGAGUAAAUAAUUUUCACAAACCCUUCAAUAAAAUUACCGUAUUGGUUAAAAUAG